UUGCAUAAUUGUAUUUUCGAAAACGCUUUAGUAGAAGCCAAGAGACAUAUUACUACACUACCGCAAAGUCGAUAACGUAGCUCCGAGCUGCUGUUCGUAUCACCUUAUUCCGUCAUAUUGUGUCUGGAUUAAUGUAUUCCUAAUGUCACUUCUAUAGAGUUCUCAGGAACCAUUGGAAUCUGUAAAUAUAUCUGUUUCUGGAGACUGUACGUUUUUCAAUCGUUGAUCGUACCUUACGAAUCCUUCUAGAUGUUGUGGGAAUAUAUUUAAUGAUAUAUGUAAUAUUUCAAUUGCAUUGUUGGCAUUCACAAUUGUGAGCUCAUGAGUUCGUCUUAAUUAAUUCUAUUGUAGAGUUGCGAGUUAUUCUAACUACCUUUAAGAUUGAGAUAUUCUUUCCUGCCACACGAUAAUUUGAGAAGACUACUGAGUAAUGCGCGUUAUCCAUUUUUUCCAUUGCUUGUUUCAUUUGUGAUAAAGUAACAGUUGAAGAGGUGGGUAUUAUAUGCUGCAUAUAUAGUUAUAGAGUUGGCAAUGCAAUCCAGUGAAUUUUAUUUUGUAAUUAAGGUUAGGGUGAGAGAAUACACAAAGGAAUAUUUCUUUGUUUGCAAUUUUAGUGCAGUUUUAUGUUAAGUCAUAUUCUAGAACCUAAAUCAAACUAAAACUUAACUUCGAGAGCUGUCCUUUUUGUGUAUGAAGAUUGUCAGAUUUAUUUUUUAUAUUCGAUAGUCUAUGGGCUAUAUCUGGUUUCUGAUUCAUCUGUGGUUUGCAUUAUUUUUUAAAAUAAUCUGAUACUUUGUAAAUAAAGCUCUGGAUUAAGGUUAAAUCCCAUAAAAAAUAAAAAAAAUAAUGGAUAUAAUUUUUGAAACAAUUUCUAAGUGUACAGUGGAAGAUUUUUGGAAAUCCAUUCAUAUUUUAAUUAGUAAACCUCAUGUAGUAAAUAAAAGGUUAUGGGGUUGUAAAAUUUUAAUAAACAUGGAAUAUAAUAAAAAUUUGUCAAAUUCUUUCUUUUAUAAGUCAUUGGAUGAUUUGAAGAUUAACAACAGCUGUGCUGUUACACAAUUCUAUGAAAGACUAAUGAUUACGUUAGAUCAAUUAAACCUUGAAAAUAAAUUAGAAACAAACUUAAACUCAACUUUAGAAUGUUUAGUUAUAGAACUAUUACCUAAAAAUUAUGACGAAAAUCAUGCAUAUCAAUUUAUAGUAAUAGAUAAAGAAAAAGUAACAGUAACAUUUUAUGAUAUCACUGUAUCUGAUAAUAACCAGAUCUUAUGCCCAAAUUUCACAUAUUGCUUCUCAUAUAAAUCUAAUAAAUUAAUAUUAAAAGCAUUUUCAGAAAAUUCUAAAUCUAUAUCAUGGCUAAAAGAAUGUGUUUUUCCUCAAGUUAUCAAAUGGGCUGAAGAACCUGAGUUAGAUUUACAUAAAAAAAAUUGUAAGGACUCUUUGAGUUUAAUUUGCAGUGAUAAAUUUUAUGAUAAAUACAAUGAAUUAAAAAUUAAAUAUGGAAAAGCACUUGUAAAGAUAUGGCCUGAAUGUACAGACCCUUCUAAAUUUGUGUAUGAAGACAUAUCUAUAGCCACAUACUUACUGUUGCUGUGGGGUAAUACAUCAAAUACAACAUUUGUAGAUGUUGGUUGUGGCAAUGGAUUGUUAGUUUAUAUUUUAACAAUGGAAGGUUGUAUAGGUCUUGGUGUGGAUGUCAGGAAGAGAGGUAUCUGGGAUAUGUAUCCUAAUAAUGUAAAAUUAGAGGAAAAAACAAUAACACCUGGUAAUAUUAAGGAUCUAUCUAAAUAUGAGUGGAUAAUUGGAAAUCAUUCAGAUGAACUUACCCCUUGGAUUCCAGUUAUUGCUGCCCAAGGCUCAUAUAAUAAUAAAUUUUUCCUACUUCCUUGUUGUGCAUUUAACCUAAAUGGAACAAAAUACAAGAGACGAGACUCAUCAAAAAGUCAAUAUGCUGACUAUUUAGAAUAUAUUAAAUCACUUUGUGAGGAUUUUGGUUUUGAUGUAAAACUAGACAGGUUGAAAAUUCCUAGUACAAAACGCAUAUGCCUUGUCAGUGAAAACAGGUCAUAUCAAGCAGAAGAAUAUGAAAAGUAUUGCUAUUUUAUUCAAGAUACAUUGAACAUAGCACUGAGAAUAAACAAUAAUUUAAAUUUUAAAGCAAGGGAAAAAGUUGAAAAGGUAAGAAAUUGUACACAAGUUGAUAAAGAUAUCUUGGAAUGGAUUGUUCAAUGUAUUGCAAAAUAUUUAAUACAAGGUUGUGAGCUUGAAAGAGCCUGGUCUUCUGGAAAGGAAGUAGAAAUUGCUGAGGUCAUUAAACUUAUUCCUGAAAAUAUGUUAAAAAACCUUAAAUCUGAGUGUGGUGGCUUGCAAACUCUGCUAAGAAAUAAUCACCAUAUAUUUAAAGUAAUUAAAGGAAAAGUUCAGAUAAGAUACCCAAAAAGUAUAGAGGAAGUUAAAAAAACUAUGAAGCAUACAAAGAAAGCCUUUAAAGUGCAAGUCAAACGGUGCUGGUUUUAUGACAAUCACCCACAAGGCUGUCCAUUGUCUGAUGACAGUUGUAGUUUUUUACAUUUUGUAAAAUAAAAUAAAAAAUAUAAAAUAUAAAAAUGUA